UUUCAUUGGUUCUCUCCUUUUUCAAUCAUUCAAGUGUUGACGUUGCAGAGAGUGGUCGUGUAUGAACGCUGAGGUUAAUGCAGAAACAUAGGGUGAAGUAAAUGGGAACGAAAUCGUCCAAAAACGAAGAUGGCGACGACGAUCCCAGCGCUGACGUCGGGUUCAACGACUUCGAGGUCCUUCGUUCGAUCGGAAAGGGAAGUUUCGGCAAAGUUUGCAUCGUGAGACGCAAGAAGACGGAGAAUGAGGUUUACGCGAUGAAAUAUAUGAACAAACUAUCAUCAUGGAAACAUGGGGCCAUCGAUCAUGUGUUAAGGGAGCUGGAAAUAUUGUCGACGCUACGUCAUCAGUUCCUGGUGAAUUUGUGGUUUACUUUUCAGGAUGAAGAAGAUAUCUUCAUGGUCAGCGAUCUUCUCAUGGGUGGCGACCUCCGUUACCACAUUCAACGACACGUGCAUUUCACUUUCGAUGAUGUUCGAAUAUAUUUCUGUGAACUAGCUCUGGUACUUGACUAUUUGCGCAACAAACAUAUUAUACACAGAGACAUCAAACCCGAUAAUAUCCUCCUUGACGAGCGAGGCCAUCUUCAUCUAACGGACUUUAACAUCGCUACUGUACUUAAUGAUGAACAUCCGUGUGCAAAGUCAUUCGCUGGAACAAAGCCUUAUGCAGCCCCCGAAAUCUUUAAUUCAUCGUCUGGUUACGAUUACGCUGUGGAUUGGUGGUCACUAGGGGUCACCAUGUACGAAGUAUUGCGACACAAACGUCCGUUUAACAUUGGAUCUGACACAACGAAUGAAGAAGUUACAGCUUUACACAACGAUGGCUCAAUCUCGUUCCCUGUCGAUUGGGGGCAACCUAUCAUGAACUUGUUUUUUAAGCUUUUUAAAGUCGACCCUACAAAACGAAUCCAAAGUUUCGAAAGUUUAAUUUCGGAAGAAUUUUGUCAAAAUAUGGAAGCUGAUGAUGUCAUGAGGUUAAAAGGUCAACCCACGUUUCAGCCAUCGCAAAAAGAGUUGAACUACGACCCGACCUUUGAACUCGAGGAAAUGAUCAUCGAGUCGAACCCACUGCAUAAAAAGAAACAAAGGAUCCAAAAACUUAAGAAAAAUUCCCAGAAGAAGAAGUCGCUCAAGCGUGAAAGUUGCUCGGAGCAGGAGGAGAAAGAGGAAGAGUGGGAAAGAGUGAUGGAGGAGAUAGGAAGGAAGUUUGAACCUUUUAAUCGGAAGAAGUUAGAAUUGGCUAAAAGCCUUAACCACACAGCACAAAAUAUUGCCCAGUCAUCUGAUGAGUCAGCAGUAUUAAAUAAUGACUCAGCAAUACCUCAUGAUGACUCAACAAAUAUUGAAGCAAAAGUUGAAACCUCAUGAAACAAAUAGGUAAUGAUGAUGUCAUAAUGAUGAUAUUGAUGAUGUCAUAUUAGUGAUGUCAUAAUGUUGAAGACAAUGUUAACACAAUGUCCAUUGUUAAGGAAAAUACGCUGCGUCAUAAUGAUUGUUAUGACAUAAUUCUUAUUCAGCAUUUUUUAAUCCAUUGUUAUUGUUCCCAAAUAGUUCCCUAAGCGGGCACAAGGUGUAUGAAACAGAACACCCAUGUUAUAACGAAUGUUGUUGCCCUGCCAUGCGAGGAUAAAAAGUUAUUUAAUUCACAAAAUGUUUAGUUCUGUACUUUUAUAUUAUUUUCUGGGUUGAAAUAUAAAGUUAACGUUUAGAAACAUUAAAAUCAUUUAUCGUUUAUUUUUUUAUCAUCGCUAAUCCGAACAAAUCUGUUUUUGAUCAAAAUUUAAACUUUUCCUUUUCUUGCCUUGCUCUUAUUUCAGUCAAUUACACUUUUAUUACAUCGUAAGUACAUCCAUUGUUUGGUGGCAAUAUUGUUUAAGCUUGAUGAUCGCUAUCCGUCCAAUUUCAAAUAAAAAAGUUAUAUUAUGCU